AUGCGCUUACUGCUAAGACAUCUAUUGAGGAAGGAGCUUUCUACGCGGGAGACGUGCAAACUUCCGUUCUAUGCCCUUUGUAGGGCUUCGAGAUAUGUUUCUUCGUUGCUGGCUCGCUUUUGGCGAGCCGCUUCGGACGAAGUGGUGCCAUUGUCUCGUGGAUUACUGCGAGGCACAUCUGGAGAGCCGUAUUCCGACGGCGAGACAGAGACAUGCGCCGCAAUUCCAUUCCGGAUCAUGCGGUACAGGAAUAAAAUUGGCGAUGGGGAACUUGGGACUGCGAAGCCGCAACUUGGGUGGAGAUGUCUUGCGCUGGGGUUUGGAGUUGCAUUUUGGGAGCUGAGGAGGUUGUACUCGUAA